AUGAAGAGGGUGAUCGGACAACGUGAUGCCCGCUUGAAGAAGAACAAGGACAAGGCCGAGCUGGGGACGAAGAAGGCCGAGGCCGAGGCGUCAUCCGAGCUCAUCCGUUCCGUCCCGCAAAUGUCCAUCUCUCUCUUCCACAAGGCCAACACGGCGCUCGUACCGCCUUACCAGGUCCUCAUUGACACAAACUUCCUUUCACACACUGUUCAGCGUAAGCUGCCAUUAUUAGAAACGAUGAUGGACUGCCUCUACGCAACAUGCCGCCCCAUCAUGACCGACUGCGUCAUGGCCGAGUUGGAGAAGCUCGGCCCCAAGUACCGUAUCGCGCUCAAGAUUGCCCGAGACGAGCGGUGGGAGCGGUCCAAGUGCACUCACAAGGGUAUUUAUGCCGAUGACUGCAUCUUUGACAGAAUCUAUAUCGUGGCCACCAACGAUCGCGACCUGAAACGACGAGUCCGCAAGGUGCCCGGCGUGCCAAUCAUGAGCGUCGCACGGGGCAAGUACGUCAUCGAGAACCUGCCAGGUGCACCGGUGUCAUAA